GACAGAGCACGAGAACUAGAGAGAACGCGCACGUGAAGGAGAGGAGACUGAGAGAAGGGGGUUGUUUUAUGUGUGCUGCUCGUGUGCAAGACUGAGGAGCCUUCCUGCCUGGAUCGUUAGUCAUCUCCAGCCCCAGAGCUGGGCUCUGUGCUCCAUUAGGCUGUACUGACUGAGGAACACAGGGACAGACAAACAGAAGCUGGUGGACUUUGAGAGGGCUGUGCAGAGGAUGUGCUGGCUGCGUGGGCUCUGUCGCCGUGAUCGCUGUCGCCAGACCCCUCAGCUGCCUCUGACUCGCUCGGCUGCUAUCGCAGGCCCCCCCUUAGCCCAGCACUCGGAGGACAUCAGCAGUCAGUGGUAGAGAGAUGAGCUCCAAGCACUCUUCCGACUGGAUCCCCUACAGUACCUUGGACGAUGAGGGCAGCAACCUCCGCCAACAGAAGCUAGACAGACAGCGAGCUCUCCUAGAGCAGAAGCAGAAGAAGAAGCGGCAGGAGCCUCUGAUGGUGCAGUCCAAUGUGGACGGGCGGUCUCGCGCCCGCAGGACCAAGCAGUGUGAGGAGCAGGCUCCCCUGGUAGAGUCUUACCUCAGCAGCAACAGGAGCACCAUCUACCACGUGCAAGAAGCUGAACACGAGGAGGUGAAGGUGGUAGCGGACAACCAGGCUCCUCGCUCAGCCAAAAAGGGCAAGGCAUCGACCAGCUCCACCCCGCAGACAGCCAGCGGCAAGAAGGAGAGGAAGGGGAAGCACAAAGGACUCGAUGGGCCGGCGUCCUUCCAGGAAGAGGGCCAGAUCCAGAUCAUGACGGUGGGUCACUGGGCCGUGGAGGAGGGGAGUGAGGGAGAUGCUGUGAUCAGUGCUCAGCCACAGGGCAAGCAGGACCUGAGGGUCACCAUGCUUAAGAAAGGUAUUUCUAGUAGUAUGAACUUUGACGAAGAGGAGGAUGACGAGGAUGAAGUCAGUUCCAGUUCCUCUCAGCUCAACAGUAACACACGGCCAGGCUCUGCRACCAGCAAGAAGUCCUGCAAGGAGGCAGCCUCAGCGUCCACCCCUCCCGUCAGUGAGCCMGCCAUCGACGUGGACGACCUGGAGGAGUUCACCCUGAGACCAGCCCCUCAGGGGAUCACAGUGAAGUGCAGGAUCACCAGAGACAAGAAGGGCAUGGACCGAGGCAUGUACCCUACCUACUACCUCCACCUGGAGAGGGAGGAUGGGAAGAAGGUGUUCCUGUUAGCUGGACGGAAGAGAAAGAAGAGCAAAACAUCUAAUUACCUCAUCUCCAUCGAUCCCACUGAUCUGUCUCGAGGGGGGGAGAGUUUCAUCGGGAAGCUGAGAUCCAACCUCAUGGGAACCAAGUUUACAGUGUAUGACAGUGGACAGAACCCUGGGAAGACAACCUCCAGCCUAGAGGCUACUAWCCUGCGGCAGGAGCUGGCAGCUGUCUGCUAUGAAACCAAUGUUUUAGGGUUCAAGGGACCUCGUAAAAUGAGUGUCAUCAUUCCUGGAAUGAACAUGGACCAUGAGAGAGUUGCCAUCUGCCCACGGAAUGACCAUGAGUCUUUGCUGGCGCGGUGGCAGAACAAGAGCACAGAAAGCGUGAUCGAGCUUCACAACAAGACCCCCGUGUGGAACGACGACACGCAGUCCUACGUUCUCAACUUCCACGGCAGAGUCACUCAGGCCUCAGUCAAGAAUUUCCAGAUCAUCCACGACAAUGACCCGGACUACAUUGUGAUGCAGUUUGGGAGGGUUGCGGAGGAUGUAUUCACCAUGGACUAUAACUACCCUAUGUGUGCCCUCCAAGCCUUCGCCAUUGCUCUCUCCAGCUUUGACAGCAAGCUGGCCUGUGAGUAGCAGCCAUCCUCUCUCCUUUCCCUCCUGAGAAGCUAC